AUGUCUACUCAGACCAGUCAUGAUCCUCGUCUCGGUAUGGAGGACUUGACUGAUAGAUUCGCUGGCACCAAUCUUCAUACACCACCUCCCGGGUAUCAGAAAUUAUCAGAAAGGCACGAAGGGCUCGAGCGUGCUUGGCGGCAGUAUAAAAAAGAGUACUCCCAUUUCCUCAAGGACCAUGUUAAUUACUAUUCUCCUAGGAGGGGCAACAAUCGCUAUCGGGAGAGAAGUAUCUUGCGGGAUCCGGUAGUCGUCCCAGGAAGCAACGAAGAUAUACAAACGUCUAUCACGGAAUAUACAGACGAACAUGAUCAAAUACAGAGACAGGUCGAUAAAAUCUUCAGAACUCAAUGGGGUACGACAUGUAUUUCAGGAUAUUUCAAAUCUUCUGCCUCCUCUUCUUGUAAAAUCAAAGGGACAAAGCAGGAAUCAUUCAAAUGUGAAAAUUUGAUAGGAUGUGCGAAUAUCCAAGUUGAAUCGCAUGAUCUUUCCCACAUUGAGGAGUUUCGUCCGAAGGAGGGAAGUCUGAUGUUGACUUUCGACAGUCUUAAUAGCCAUCUGAAUAAAUGGCGUAAAACGGGUACCUCGCGAAUGGUGGAGGACGUACGAUCCGAUCUGAAAGAAGCUUGUGAAUACGGAUGCUACCAAUCUAAAGAAGGAACGAUAUCGAUCUAUCCCAUAACUUCCGAUCCACUGACCAUCAAUGGAUUAGAUGCCUGUCUUAGAUGGGUAGACAGGACUACAGGUACAAGGAUGAAGCUUCCGAUUGGUGCUAAAAUCACCAUACAUCCAAUGAAGCUACGCAGGGGGACGGGAUCAUGA